GGAUACGGCUAAUUCGCAGAAAAAUCGAUUUAGAAUGAUAAUUAAUGGUAGUUAUAUUCCGAGACACACAUUCCCACAACUUCCAUGGGGAACAUUGAAAAAUCCAACUUAUAUAAAAACAAAAUCUGGAAACUUGUUAUUGACAAGUGGAUGGUGGGGAAUUGCACGUAAGAUUCAUUAUACGGCCGAUUUGAUGAUGGCUUUUGCCUGGGGGUUUAUUACUGGAUUUAAUACUGUCAUCCCGUAUUUUUAUCCAAUAUUUUUUGUAGCUGUGUUAACACACAGGGUUACCAGAGAUAUGCAAAGAUGCGCUAAAAAGUAUGGGAAAGAUUGGGAAGAAUAUUGUAGGCGGGUUCCUUACAUCUUUAUUCCUGGAAUUUAUUAA